AUGACGGCGACGGCCUAUGCCGAAACGCCGGCGAUCGUUUACGAUCUGGGCGGGAAGUUCGACAAGUCGUUCAACGAGGCCGCCUUCAACGGCGCCGAGCAGUUCAAGGAAGAAACCGGCACCGAGUAUGUCGAGUUCGAGAUCCAGAACGAGGCCCAGCGCGAGCAGGCGCUUCGCCGCUUCGCCGAACGUGGGCAUUCGCCGGUCAUCAUCGCCGGCUUCUCCGCCGCGCAGGCGGUCGACAAGGUGGCGCAGGAAUUCCCCGACACCGAGUUCGCCAUCAUCGACAUGGUGGUCGACCAGCCAAACGUGCGCUCGGUCGUCUUCAAGGAGCAGGAAGGCUCGUACCUGGCCGGCAUCAUGGCUGCAAAGGCCUCGGAGACCGGUACGGUCGGCUUUGUGGGCGGCAUGAACGUGCCGCUGAUCUCCGCCUUUGCCUGCGGCUAUGUGGGCGGCGUCAAAUCGGUCAAUCCCGAUGCCGAAGUGAUCGUCAACUAUACCGGUGACACGCCGGCGGCAUGGAACGACCCGGUCCGUGGCGGCGAGAUCACCAACGCGCAGAUUUCGCAGGGCGCCGACGUUGUCUAUGCCGCGGCUGGCGGCACCGGCAUCGGCGUGCUGCAGGCAGCGGCCGAUGCGGGCAAGCUGUCGGUCGGCGUCGAUUCCAACCAGAACCAUCUGCAGCCCGGCUCGGUGCUGACCUCGAUGCUCAAGCGCGUCGAUGUCGCCGUCAUGGAAGCGAUGAAGGACGGGAUGGAAGGCAACUUCUCCACCGGCGUCCAGGUUCUCGGCGUCGCGGAGGACGGUGUCGGCGUGGCGAUCGACGAAAACAACGAACCGCUGGUGACCGAAGAGAUGAUUCAGGCGGUCGAAGAAGCCCGCGAAAAGAUCAUCUCGGGCGAGAUCGAGGUGCAUGAUUUCCGUUCGGACAACACCUGCCCUUACGGCUCGGUCGGCUAA